CGAAGACGCGAACGCGUCUCGAGCACCUCUCGCGCAUCUCUCGCGCAAGCAGGCUCGGCGAAUAACACCAGUGACCAAGUGCGAAAGGCUUUGACAGCGUCGCUAUAACAGACGGUUGAUUUAAAAUUGUCCACUGUCGGGUGCGUUUUAAACGAGUGGAUUACUUUGCGCCUCUGUCGUAGAUAUAACGGUGUGAAUCUGCAGUAGUUAACCUAGCCGUCAUAGCUGAGUCGUUAGCUAGCUGGCUAACCUAGCUAGCGAGCUGCCUCGUAUCGUUCCAGGAGCUGCACACACUGAUGUUUGCUUGACCCUAGGAAGCGAUAUAGUCUUUUAUGUAAUUAACAAACAAGGUCACAUAUUAAACUCGGACGAUGGAAGUUCGGUUUUUGUUCCGGUGAGAUUGACUAACCCAAGAGUCAUGGCUAAAACGACGGUGCUUUACUCUGUGGUGAUCCUGUGCGUACUUCUUGCUGGAGCGCUGAGCAGCACUGCAGAAUUUGACCCCUAUACGAUUCUUGGCAUCACUAGAAGUGCAAAUCAGGCUGAAAUCAAAAAAGCAUAUAAACGUCUUGCCAAAGAAUGGCAUCCAGACAAAAACAAGAAACCCGAAGCAGAAGACAUGUUUAUCAGGAUUACCGAGUCAUAUGAGAUAUUGUCGAGCGAGGAGAAGAGGGCAAACUACGACCGCUACAGGCAGAUGGACAGUGCGCAGCCUUACGACCGUGGCCCGCACGCCUUUCGCCGCUUCCACGACGGCUUCUACUUCGACGAGUCCUUCUUCAGCUUCCCCUUUGGCGGCAAGGGCACCCGCGACGCUGCUGAUGGCAGGCACGUGCUGCACUUCAGCCAGUACGUCAACGACAUCACACCCGACAGCUUCCGCAAGCCCUACUUGAUCAAGAUCACAUCUGACUGGUGCUUCAGCUGUGUCCACGUCGACCCCGUGUGGCGAGAGGCCGUGCAGGAGCUGGAGCCACUGGGUGUGGGAAUUGGGGUGGUGGAUGUCAGUUAUGAGAGACGCCUAGCCAAUCACCUUGGCGCACACCGCACUCCCUCAAUACUGGGGGUCGUCAAUGGGAAAGUGACUUUCUUCCACUAUGCUGUGGCAAAGGAGCACCUUGUGCAGUUUGUGGAGGACCUACUCCCCCAGAGGCUGGUUGAGAAGGUCACUGACCGGAACGACCGCGACUUCCUAAACAGCUGGCACCAGGUCAACAAGCCACACGUCCUGCUGUUCGACCAAGUGCCGGCGGUCCCUCUCCUCUACAAGCUCACGGCGUUUGCCUAUAAGGACUAUGUACAGUUUGGCUACGUGGACCAGGGCCUUUCCGAGACCGCCGACUUGCUCAGGCGGUACAACAUCAACACAUAUGCGCCGACCAUGCUCGUCUUCAAAGAGGACGUGGUCAAACCGGCCGACAUCAUACAGUCUAAAGGGAUGAAAAAGCAGAUCAUUGAUGAGUUCAUCUCCAACAACAAGUUCCUCCUCGCUCCUCGCCUGGUGAAUCAGAAGGUCUUCGACGAGCUCUGUCCUGUCAAACAGUUCCAUCGACGCAGAAAAUACUGCGUCCUUCUCAUCACGGGCGAAGAGGACGCCUUUGUCCCGGGAAACGAAGCCUUCCUGUCCCUAGCCGCCGGCAACACCAGAGAGGUCGUGCGCUUCACCUACGUAUAUCAGAGGCAGCAGCCACCCCUGUGCGCCGCCCUGCUGGUGGGCAGGGACGGUGCACCGCCGCAGGUGGUGAUUCUGGAGCGUCGCAGCGAGGCUGGUAAGGUGGUAUUCAAACCCGUGCCAGGCGGCUGGAACGGCAGCGAGGAGGACAAACACCGGCUGCUGGAGGAGCUGGAGCGUCUGCAAAAGGACCCGUCCAUCCUCACGCACGACGCCACGCUGCCGGAGCUCAACAACGAGUUCGCCUCCAUGUUUUUAAUUAGAUGGAUUCAUACAGCGUAUGACUACCUGUCCGAAAUAGUCGAUGAUCUUCUUCAUAAUAAUUGGCGUGAAAUGAUGCCCCUCCUGUCUCUGAUUUUCUCCGCCCUCUUCAUCCUCUUCGGCACGGUGGUCAUUCAGGCCUUCAGUGACUCCGGAGAGGAGAAGCAAGCAAAGCCGAAGGCGAAAGAGCCGUCAAAGGCGGAGAACGGGGCCCCGGGCGCCCCCAGCACCUCCAGCCGCCUGCCGAAGAAGAAUUUUGUGGAGGUGACGGAGCUGACGGACAUCACCUACACGAGUAACCUGGUGAAGCUCAGGCCAGGCCACAUCAACGUGGUGCUGGUGCUUACUGACGCCACCAAAAAUGUUCUGCUCAGCAAGUUCGCCAAGGAGGUCUACUCCUUCACCGGGAGCCUGACUCUGCACUUUUCGUUCCUGAACGCGGCCAAGCACGGCGAGUGGAUGUCCGCGCUGCUGGAGCACGCACAGGACGCCAUGCGCAUCGACGCAGAGGAGGAGGAGGGCGGGGCCGGGGCCGGGCGCAAGGCGGACUACACGGGCUAUGUGCUGGCGCUCAAUGGCCACAAGAAGUACCUGUGCCUCUUCAAGCCCGUCUACACGGGCGAUGACACGGAUGGCAAGCCGGAGGAGGACGCCGCCGGCGCCACAAGGCCCAGGUCGGCCUCCAGAGACGAGCACCAGCACAGGAGGGUCGCGGCCCGCUCGCGCUCCACCAUCCUCCAGGUGCACCACAAGCUGGACCGGCUGGGCCUGUGGAUGGAGAGGUUGAUGGAGGGCACCCUGCCCCGCUACUACGUCCCGGCCUGGCCCGGUCUGGACAAGAUCACGGUCAACAAGUAGGGACGCCGAGAUGCUAACGCGCUACCGCUGACAUUGCUGCCGGAGGGGGGACGUGGCGUCGGGGGGGUCGCGGAGGAAGCGUGCCGUCGUGAUGGACACCGUUUGGUCCUACAGCGACAACACUUCCUCGACACUCCCAAUGUGCUAGCUUCAGCCACCAGACUUUUGAGUGGCGUGGCCGGAUGGCCAAUGGGGCGACCUCAGAGAGUCCGGAGUACUUGGUUCAGCGCCGAUGCUGUAAGCAAGCCAAGCGAAACAGCAGUUUCAUACGCAUACUGUGCUCCAGCUACUGUGUGCUGCACGUCCCUGCUUUUCCCAAUCUAGAUCUUUUAAAGGUACAUUAAGUAGAGUGGGGCAUUAAUAGACAAAAUAUUAUGUUAAAUAAAUAUUAGACAGUAGUUGUUGGUGUGGAUUGUUGUAUGGUUAUUAGAAGUAAUGGUUCACUGUGGUAAGAAAAAGCAUUUCUUUACUGUAGCUGUCCAAGGCACUGGAGAAUGCACUUAUUCCAUUGUUGUUAUGAGCUGGAAAGUCCGUCAUUGGCGACUUACCGGCUAAAUGCGACAAUAUUACUUGGUGUACCUUUAACAGCUUGUGUCAGCUAGGCUCCGCGGUGAAAGUGAGCACUUCAAUCAGACUAACGCAUCUCUCUGCUUAAUGGGAUCCCUUGCACGCACCCUACAAUCAUAGUUUGCUGUUGAAACAAUGAACGUGUAAAAUGUAGCAUGAACCCGAAACACUAAGCAUAGUAGGAACUGCGUCCACGGUGUACACUUAAAGGUCAUAAAUGUCAUUUAGUAUUUUUUAAUAUUUAUACUGAUGUUAAAUACGUCUGCAGUACACAUUCUGUCCUGGGAUUCACAAGGCGUCGUCUUGCCUGUGCAAUAAUACAGCUUCGCCUUUUUUACAGUUUCACUUUUGUUGCUCUUUCUAAAAAAGUUUUGUAACAUUUCAACAACUUUUUUUUUUUUUUUUUUUGAAAGUACCGCGAUCCCAGCUGUCGCUGCCACUCGCGGCCAGCAGAGCCGAAAUCUGAUUGGGUCAAAAAAUUCAGCUUGGAAUCAAACAGAUGUAGACUAAAAGCAGAACUGAAUAUAGCAUCACCCUGCCAUGUCUGACCAGUGAUUCUGGCUCCCCCUUUGCGUUCAUGUAACUCACUAAAAUGCAUAUCAGCAGAAAGGGCUCGUCACUUGGUCUACCUUUACUCACUGUACCUUUACUCAUUCGUCAUAUUCAGAUUUCCAUCCAUUCAACAGCCAUAAACCCGGUCGGCAGAAAAAGCUGAUUUUUUUUUUUUAACAGAUUUCAGAAUAGCAGUUGAAAAGUGAACAGCUGCAAACUCCUUCAGGUUUUUCCACUUUCUUUUUAGGGUGCAAGUAGGAAUCGGUUAUUUUAUUUCAUGGUCCACACAUCAGGUGAAGGGCCUCGUACUUAAUACUUGACAGGCGGUUUAAGCGCAGUUUUGAAGACGUAACUGUUCCGAGUGAAUGCAUUUAGGGUUUUGCUUAAUAGGAUGAGAUGGCUCAAGUUCAGUCAGUCUUCCACCACGGAUACAUUUUUCCAGUGCCGGAUCCAAACAGGCUACCAGAUGUCAGCAGAGAAGUUCAGAAUCUUUAUCAUGAUGUUCAGUGACACAUUACUAAUGUGUUAUUAAUAUGAUAAACUACGGUUUCCGUGCUGCUGUAUUGUAAUUAAAGCAAUUUAUGUUGUGAUUUAUCGUGUAUUUAAAGAACGUUUCACUUAAACAUUGUACAUUGCAACAUAGGUUUAGAAAAAAACCUAACAAAUAUGUAUGGUCCAUGUAUAUGUCUGCUUGAUAUUAAUAUAUUUAACACUAUAUCAUAAUUAUGUGGCCAGUUUUAUUUAUUGCACUUUGUCAAUAAAUGACAAAUUUCUGAACUGAAACAUGUCUAUUACAAUAUAAUUAAAUGGUUUAUUUCCAUAUCUUUGA